UUUUGAGCUAUGUACUGAAAAGCAACCGAUUACAGAUGGCAGAUAGAUCAGCUAGUGGACUACAGAAGCCGUCCUCUAGGCUAGUGAAACCAAUAGGAAAACCAUUAGGUGGGUCAGGGACGGCAGCCACUGCGUUAUCCGCCAACCCUCUUGCAACUGCUGCUGCUUUGGGUGCUAACAGAGGUGCUGAGAGGAGGGAUUCGGUAUCCAGCAUUUCCAGUACAUCGGUCAACUCAACAGCUAAGAAAGCCGACACAGCUACAAAUCCAUCCGAAAUACAACUUUCAGUUGGAGACGUUGUUUCAAUUCCUGGAGGCAAGCAAGGGAAGCUGCUGUUCUUGGGGGAGACCCACUUCGCCAAGGGAGAGUGGGCUGGAGUGUAUCUGGAUGAAGCUGCUGGGAAGAACGACGGAUCACUCGACGGGAAGUCUUACUUCACUUGCCCAGACAAGUAUGGAAUAUUUAUCAAGCCAAAUAAACUCACGCGAGUUGACCAGCAGACACCAAAAAUAAUUCCUGCCCAGGUCAAAGUACCUCUAACUGUCAAUCAAUCGCGCUCCGCCAUUAAGUUGAACAGCAGCGGAGAUGCUGUUAACUCAUCAAUACGUAGCAAUGAAGUCUCAGUACCUUCCAAAAAAAUGAGUGCGCCUUCUGGUCCUUUGAAUAUGGCGCCUUUAUCAGACAUUGCGAGUACUCCUCGAAAGAUUAGUACAAGCAAUGCUCCCAUGCGGUCAAUGACCCCGGCCAACAACCAGUCUAACUUCGGUGCAGUUCAAAUGCGAGUGAAACCAGGAGCCCAGGCCGACGUUCUCUCCGCAGAAGACCUGACUGUAGGCGAGAAAGUUUGGGUGAAUGGGCUGAAACAAGGUGCAGUGGCCUUUGUGGGAGAAACCGAAUUUGCGACCGGAGUGUGGGUCGGAAUCAUCCUCGGAGACAAAUCAGGCAAAAAUGACGGAUCUGUCAGUGGCAAAAGAUAUUUCAAGUGCGAGCAUGGCUUUGGUCUGUUCUCGCCAAUCUCCAAAAUUUCGAAGGAGCCUAAAAGAGCGCCUAGUGCUUUCCCACAAGCCAUGCAACAGAAGCAGCUGCUGUCUUUUGCCACGCCACAAAGGCCGGCGUCUGCAGUGGUAGACCCCCGACUGCGACAACAACAGCAACAGCAGGAGACUGCAGUGCUGGCCAAGAGGAGGGGAAGUGCGACUGGACAGCUUCUGCUGCAGAAAGAGAAACUGGGCGGCAGUUCAGGCAGCGUCAGCUCCAUCGGGUCAGCCGCCAGUGCCAAAUUCAACGGUAUGCUGAGCAACAGUGGCGGUGGUAGUGGAGGUGGUACUCUGCAGCAGCUGCAGAUGCUGUUGAGGGAGGCGGAGGUGAGGGAGAGUCAGCUGACCCUGCUGGUUGAUCAGAGCGACAAGGCCAAGUUAGAUUUGGACAGACAGCUGGAAGAGGAGAGACGCAAAGUUGAAGACCUUCAUUUCCGCAUGGAGGAAGAAGCUAUUUUGAGGGGUGACUUGAUGAACGAAAAGAAUAUGUUGAAACAUCAGCAGGAGAUGAUGGAACAGGAGCUGCGCGAGGUUCGUGAACAACUGGAGGAACUGCGCAAGAACUACUCGGAUCUGGAGUUCCAGUUAGCAGAACAGAGCAUGUCAGAGGAGUGCGACUCAGGAGUAAGUGUGAAUUCCAACUCCAACUCACUGACCACCAAUCUUGCAGUCCACGUAACCGAACUGGAGGAGACAGUCCGCGCGAAAGAAGACAGCCUGUGUGAGCUGCGCGCCCAACUAGAUCAGCAAAAGUCGCAGAAUCACCAUACUCUACAACAAGCGCAGCUCCAACUUUCAAAGGAAAGUUCGCUAGCAAAAGAAAUUUGCGAGCUCAAAAGGGAGCUCGGUGAGUUGAAUAAUUGUCUCAAUUGCAAACAAAAUGAGGCCAACGAAAUAGAGUUCAAGUUGAACGAGAUGAAAAUCAGCCACAGCUCUCUGGAGGAGCAGUUGAAAGCGCAGAUUCAGUUAGCAAGCUACCUAAAGAGGGAAAAGCAGGGAUUGGAGGCAACGGUAGAAUCGCUGGUCAACAACAGUGGUGACAGUCAAGUAGCCAUUCUGACCAAAGAAGUGAAGAGUCACCAGGCUGCAGCAGAACAGAUGAGAACGCAGAUGGAGGAGUUGAGAGAAGAGAGAGUUCGAUUGACGGCACAGAUUGAUACAACUAAAAUGGAGUGGGCUGAUAAACUGAGGGAUGCAAAUGACGAUCACUCGAAAGAACUAGCUGAAAAGAAACAGAAAAUCAGCCAACUGGAAAGCAAAAUAGCAGAAGCGAACGAAAACAUGACAAGGUAUCAGGUAGAGGUUAACAAGAGCUCCAAAUGUAUGGAUGAAUUGAGAGAGAAGUGUCAGAAUGAAAAGAGCGCACGAGAGCUGGCGGAGCAGGAAAGAGAAAAAUGGAAGUUGGAGAAACAAAGUGCUGAGAAUGAGCUCAAAACAAUGAGUGAACUACUGAGUCAAGCGAAGUCAGAAAUUGAAAGUUCUAACAAUAAGAGUAGUGAAACAAUUGAUCAACAGAGCGAGUUAAAUGAGCUGCGAAAAAAGUUGUCUGAAUCCAUACCCUACAAGGAUCAAGUCUCUAGAUUGGAGAGUGAAAUUGAAGGAUUGAAAAAAGAAUUAGCUGAUUGCAGGGUAGCUCUGAACUCCAGAGAACAGCAGAUAGCUAACAUGAAGCUGUCGGCAGAAGAGUGGUCUGCAAGUGAUAGUGAGUUGAGCUUGAUUAGAGAGCAGUAUGACACAGUGUUAAGUAAAUACAUGAGUUUGCAGAGCGCGAUAGAAAGUAAAGAUAAUGAGCUAGUAGAAACGAAACAGACUGUGCGGAGACUCGAAACAGAUAAUGAAGAGCAGAGUUCACGCAUUGCAUUGUUGAUUGAAGACUACGCGGCAUUGGAGAAGAAACUAGAAGAAGCGCGGGAGCAAUUGAAAGUGGUUGAUAACUUGAAAGAACAAGUGUCGAGGCUGAAGCGAAAUGUGGUGGAGUUGAAUGAGAAAGUGGCGAGCAAAGAAUUGUCUAUUCUGCAGUACAAGGAGUCCAACUCCAAGUUUAAGGCAGAAUUAGACGUGGCCCUGAAGAAGGCUGAGGGUGCACAGAGUGUGUAUUCAGCAGGGGGAGACUUCAACACUCAGAUCAAAUCGGAGCGAGAUUCUCUGCAGAAGCAAGUUGACUUUUUGAACUCGGUCAUUGUCGAGCUGAGCAACAAAAACGAACAUCUGGCCGCCAAGCUAGAAGCAUUUGCGUUCGGAGGACAUUUGGACGGUACUGGAGUUGCGUCUAGUGGACCGAGUGUGCUGGACGAAGACUCGCCUGUGAAGGGAUACAAUCACAACAUUAGACCAUUCUGUGACAUCUGUGACGAGUUCGACCUGCACGACACAGAGGAUUGUCCGAUGCAGGAUAGCAGACCUCUGAGUCCGCCAGCAACACGCAAUAACGGCAACAUCACAGACCCGAGACCCUACUGCGACAUCUGUGAUUGCUUCGACCACUGGACUCACGACUGCGACGACGAUCAAAUGUUUUAAACACACUUAGACUCAAAUUGAAUUUCAAAUUUUAAAUCCACGUCGCAUUAUUCCCUGUUAUUGUGCUGAAAAUAACACUUGCCACGAGUGUCAUUAUACAGGCUUUAAAAGUUUUCUCUUUACAAUCAAAUGACUUAAUCAAAUGCAAUUUGUAUGAGGGAUGUUUCUGUAUUGGCUAUGUUGGAUUACAUUGCCAUAAUAGUGGUAGUCCCUCAAAACUUCAUCCUCAUUACGAGAAUUAUUUAAUUCCAUCCAGAUAUAUUGUGUAUCAUUGGCAUUUAUUUUGAAGAGUAUUAGUUUAAUUGAUGAAAUCA